AUGUUAGAUAUUGCGACACUGAAAACUUUUGAUACAGAAUAUUCAGCAGAUUCUGUUGAGUGGUGUCGAGAGUCAGCAUAUAGUAAUUACUUUGUAGUGGGAACAUACCAACUCGAAGAAAAAGACAAACAUGAAAGCUCAAACAAUAUCAGGAAAGGAAGAAUUUAUCUGUUCUCUUAUGAUUAUGAAAAUGAUAAUUUGGAGAAACAACAGCAAAUUGACACUGAUGCAGUGUUAGACCAAAAAUGGAAUAAAGAUAUUUUAUAUACUGCAACAUCAUCAGGAAACAUUGAAUUGUUUAAAAUGCAGCAGAAUCAAGAACAGCUUAAAAGUAUAAGUAAUGUUCAUUUGGGUUCAAAACCUUGUCUAACACUCUCAUUAGAUAUUGAUAAAUCAACCUCAAAAACUAUUGCAAGUGAUUCAAUCGGUAGAUUAUCGCUUGUGAAUAAUGAAUCAUUGAAGAUUGAAAUGCAAUGGAAUGCUCAUGAUUUUGAAGCAUGGACAUGUGCAUUUGAUUGCUACAAUUCCAAUGUUAUAUUUUCUGGUGGAGAUGACUCAUCAUUUAAUAUAUGGGAUAUUAGGGAUGGUUCAAAUGCUACUAGAACGAAGAAAAGUUCUCGUGAUGCUGGUGUUACUUCUUUUCUAAACUUAAAAGAAAAUUUCCUUUUAGUUGGAAGUUAUGAUGAAAAAUUAUCUUCAUACGAUUUGCGUAACAUCAAGCGGCCAGUUGACGAAAUUAAUCUAAAAGGAGGAAUAUGGCGUAUUAAGAAAUCUCUUUCUGAUCAAAACUUGUUACUCGUUGCUUGCAUGUAUCAUAACUUUUCAAUAGUAGAUUGCAGUAAGGAAUUGAAAUUAAUGGGUGAAUAUUUUAAUCAUGAAAGUAUUUGCUAUGGUUGUGAUUGCAUGGCUGAGACCGAAAAAAAGAAAAUAAACGACUUAAGAGUUGUUGAUUUAAAAAGUGAACUAGAAAAGCGUUCGCUGGAAGUAACUGGUGUGAAAACAAUCUUGAUUGAAAGAUUGACGCAGGCUCUUCGAGAAGAAGGUAACGAUCCAGAAGAAUACAGCUUCGAAAUAACUAUGCAGAAAGGAAAGUCAGUAAAAUCUGUUACGCCUUCAAAGGCAGCAAAAGAAAUAGAAAAGCCAGCUGAAAAAGAGCAAGAUGUCCCUGAAGAACCAAUUGUUGAAGAAGAAAAACCAAAUAACAACGUUAUUGAAGAAGAUGAGUUAAUAAUUAAAGAAGAAAUUGACAAUGAUUGUUUCGAAGAGGUUGACCGGAUCGGGGAAAUUGAGAAAGAACCGAAGGUUAACCACGUAGAAGAAAUCAAAGCCGACGAUAACAUUGAAACCGGCAAUAACGACCAUGAAGAUUCGAUCAAUUUAACUAUCGGAGAUGAAGACUUGCUCCAUGAUGAAGAAGAUGAUGUCAAACCGAAAGAAUCUGGAUCUAAUGAAAAACUUCUAAUGAUUGAAUCAGAUAUAAAAAUUGAAGACAAUGAAAAGCCUAAAAAUGAUGAUACAAACGCUGAGAAGAUCAAAAUAGAAGGUGACUCAAAGUCUGUGACAAACACAUCAGGAAAAGCAGGAACAUCUUUAAAAGACGAAGCUCCAGCAACAUCUUCGAGUGCAUCAGCCACAACCACUAGUACAAAUGUUAAAACAAAAAUAACAGCGCCUUCAUCAUCAUCAUCAUCGACGAACACUUCUAGCGCUUUGAGUCGUAACUUGUGGGUUUCUGGUCUGUCAUCACUCACUCGAGCAACCGAUUUGAAGAUGAUCUUCAGUAAGUACGGAAAAGUCAUAGGAGCGAAGGUUGUUACCAACACUCGUACACCGGUUCAGCGAUGCUUCGGGUAUGUCACCAUGGCAAAUGCAAAUGAUGCCACAGAAUGUAUCAUCAACUUGCAUCGAACUGAAUUACAUGGACGUAGAAUUUCUGUUGAACGAGCAAAGAGUGAUUUGGGAUCUCCAAAGACAAAUGGAAGUGUUUCAGCAGAAACUAAUGAUGUCAAAUCUACAAGCAACUCAUCUUUGAAUGACAAGAAGAAAGAGAAUGCCGAGGCAAAUGUAAAGAAAACAAACAACUCUAAAGAUGUGAAAGAUUCAAAUAAGAUAACAAAUGAUGAAAAGUCAUCGAAGGAUAAGAAGAAGGAAGAGCCUAAAUCGUCAUCAUCAACCACAUCAUCAACAGCAACAGCAGCUAAACCUGAGCGUAAACGAAUUUCACCGCCACGUUCUGAUUCGAAAGAGAAGCAGCAGAAUAAAGUCGUGAAAGGUCGUGCAAGACCUAAAAAUGAUCGAAGUCGAAGUCCAAGACGAAGCAAAUCAUCAUCGCAGAAAGGUCGCGAUAAAUCUUACGAUAAGAUCCUUGAAGAACGAAAACGUGAACGUUUAAGACAAAAAGAAAUUGAAAUCCGUGAAGACGAAAGAAGACGUCGUGAAAUUCGUCGUCGACAACGUGAAGAAGAACAACGUUUGGCUCGUGAGCGUGAGAAGCUUGCAAUCGAACGACGACGAAUUGAAGAGCAGAAAGCUGAAUUAUUACGAAUUGAAAGAGAACGUCAGAAGUUGGAACGAGAUAAGAUCGAAUUGGAACGUCUUGAAUUGAAAAGACAACAACGAAAGAUUGAAGAGGCGAAACGGGCAAUAAAGCGACCACCACCUAAGGAUCGUUAUGAUGAGGAAAGAAAUCGUGAUCGUAAACGACCAUCAGGUGAUUCGAGAAGAUUCGAAGCACCACCACCACCUCGAUUUGAUACAGGAACUAUAAACAGAAGCUCGAAUUAUGAACGAGACCGCGGUGCAUCAGAUAUUAAGAAACGACUUGACUCGUUUCCAGUAAAACGUGACGAUUCUUAUUCGUCAAAACGUGACACAUAUAAAAGCGGUCAAGAUGAUUUGAUGCGUGACAUGAAUAUGCCGCAACGUCACUCAAGUAGCACUUACAGUGGCAGCAGUGCGCCUCGUGUUGAGUCAACUACUGGUUUAGCGAAGGAAAGAUAUUCGGAACGUCAAUCGAGUGACUAUAGAAGCAGUGGGAAUCGUAGCGACGAUCGUGAUGCUAGAAAUGGCUCAAACAAGCCACAAAGAUAUUUGGAAACCUCAGGUGAAAGUCGCUUCAGUGACAGAACAUCUGUUGUAAGUUCAGGUGCAUGGAAUUCUGGUUCAUCACAUCAAGCAUUUGGAAUGAAUCAAAAUGAGUUAUGGGCACCGAAACAACAAGAAGGAAAUACAACAUCUUGGCGUGGAUUGGAAGAUAUUCGCUACGAUAGAUUCGCAAACAAUGAUCGGAAAGCGACACUUCCGAAUCAACAAUUUAUGGAUUCUUCAGUUCGUCCACAUGUUUUGGGUGGAAAUACUUUCCCACCAAUUGGACGUAUGGGCAACAAUCGCUACGACAACAACCGUUUCUAAGAAUUUAUUUACAUCACCUUGCAAGAAAUAUCAUUGAAAGUUUAAAACUUAAGAUAACCUUUACAUGUAUUUCUAUUAAUUUUAAACCGUUCACAAUUGUAAUUUGAAAGAUUAAACUAAAUAAAAUACAUAAAAAAUUGCUUGACGAAA